AGGAAAAGAAUGGCUAUAGAAAAUCAGUCUUUGGUGAGUAAGUUUAUCCUGGAAGGGUUAACAGACCAACCAGAACUCCAACUCCCUCUCUUCAUCCUCUUCAUAUUGAUCUACAUGAUCUCCAUGACAGGAAACUUGGGUUUAGUGUUUCUAAUCAGAUUUAGUUCUCAGCUUCACACACCCAUGUAUUUUUUUCUCAGUAAUUUAUCCUUCAUAGAUCUCUGCUACUCCUCAGUCAUAAUUCCCAAGAUGCUGGUAAACUUUGUGUCAGAGAAGAAUUUUACUGCCUUUCCUGAGUGCAUGACCCAACUCUUCUUCUUCGCCUUCUUUGGUAUCGAUGACUCCUACAUGCUGACAGCCAUGGCGUAUGAUCGUUAUGUUGCCAUCUGUAACCCUUUGCUUUACAAUGUCACCAUGUCCCACAGGGUCUGUUCCCUAUUAGUCACUGGGGUGUAUGUAAUGGGGGCUUUUGGCGCCUUGGUCCAUACUAGCUACAUAUCUAGUCGCUCCUUCUGUGAAACUAAUGUUAUCCACCAUUAUUUCUGUGACAUUCUGCCUCUUCUAAAUAUAUCUUGCUCAAGAGACUACACCAAGGAACUUCUGGUAAUGCUUGUGGUCUCGUUCAAUGUGUUUGCAUGUGCUUUAGCCAUCUUCAUCUCUUAUGCCUUCAUUCUUUCCAACAUUUUGCGUAUCCGUUCUGCGGAAGGCAGGUCGAAAGCUUUCAGUACCUGUAGCUCCCAUCUUGCAGCCGUUGGGGUCUUCUAUGGCUCCAUCAUCUUCAUGUACUUUAAACCUGCUACUGGAGAUGCAACACAGGAGAAGGUGGCAUCUGUGUUUUAUACGACAGUGAUUCCCAUGCUGAAUCCCAUCAUCUACAGUCUUAGGAACAAAGAUGUCAAAGAAUCCCUGAAAAAGAUUCUUCAUGGUGGAAUACUUUCCAGGUCUUUAUAG